CCCCCCGCGCCCCCCCGCCGCCCUCGGUGGCUGCUGAGGGGAGGAGGAAGGAGCCGCCGCCGCCGCCGCCGCCAUUACGGGCCGAGCCCGCCCCGCGCGGCCCACGGGGACAUGGCGCCGCCGCCGCGGGGGGAAUUCAGCCUGUCCAAUUACGAGGAUCAGCGCGAGCUGAGCUGCUGCCGGUACAUACAUUAUGGGAACAACAAACUUGAUUGCCCUUGCCAUCUGCCUGGAUUGAUAACUGUCACCCCUCUUCCAAUAAGCUCUGAAAGUCGCACGGGUUUCUGAAAACACUAACCUCUCGGCAGCAGUUGACUGUGGCAGGAUGUGUGGACGAUGAUGAUGGCAAGAAAGCAAGAUGUUCGUAUUCCCACCUACAACAUUAGUGUGGUGGGAUUGUCUGGGACGGAGAAGGAGAAGGGGCAGUGUGGCAUCGGGAAGUCCUGCCUCUGCAAUCGCUUUGUCCGGCCUAGCGCAGAUGACUUCCAUUUGGACCACACUUCCGUUCUCAGCACCAGUGACUUUGGAGGGAGGGUCGUUAAUAAUGAUCACUUCCUUUACUGGGGUGAAGUGGUUCGUUCCCUGGAGGACUGCGUGGAAUGUAAAACGCAUAUUGUGGAACAGACUGAAUUUAUCGAUGACCAGACUUUUCAGCCGCAUCGAAGCACGGCCCUGCAGCCCUAUAUCAAAAGGGCAGCUGCAACCAAACUUGCGUCAGCUGAAAAGCUCAUGUAUUUUUGCACUGAUCAGCUUGGGCUGGAACAGGACUUUGAACAGAAACAAAUGCCGGACGGAAAGCUGCUCGUCGACGGCUUUCUCCUCUGCAUUGACGUUAGCAGGGGCAUGAACAGGAAUUUUGAUGAUCAGCUGAAGUUUGUUUCCAAUCUUUACAAUCAACUUGCAAAAACAAAAAAGCCCAUUGUGGUGGUCCUGACAAAGUGUGACGAAGGCGUGGAGCGGUACAUUCGAGAUGCACAUACUUUUGCCUUAAGCAAAAAGAACCUCCAGGUUGUGGAGACCUCUGCAAGGUCCAAUGUGAACGUUGACUUGGCUUUCAGCACUUUAGUGCAGCUAAUUGACAAAAGCCGGGGGAAGACUAAAAUUAUCCCCUACUUUGAAGCCUUGAAACAACAGAGCCAGCAGAUAGCUACUGCAAAAGAUAAGUAUGAGUGGCUGGUUAGCCGCAUUGUCAAAAAUCACGGUGAAACAUGGUUGAAUGUCAGCCGAAAGAUGCAGUCCUCUCAAGAAUAUUUGGACUAUGUCUAUCUGGAAGGAACCCAGAAAGCCAAGAAGCUGUUUCUCCAACACAUUUAUCGUCUCAAACAUGAGCACAUCGAACGCAGACGGAAGAAGUAUCUCGCUACUCUUCCUCAGGCGUUCGACGCCCUCAUCCCCGACCUGGAUGAAAUCAAUCACCUGAGCUGCAUAAAAGUCGAGAAACUACUGGAGACAAAGCCAGACUUCUUGAAGUGGUUCGUUGUCCUGGAAGAGACGCCCUGGGAUGCGACCAGCCAUAUAGACAACAUGGAAAACGAGCGCAUUCCUUUCGACCUGAUGGAGACUCCGCCCGCAGAACAGCUUUAUGAAGCCCACUUAGAAAAGCUGAGGAACGAGAGGAAAAAAACCGAAAUGAAAAGGCUUUUCAAGGAUAACCUGGAGACUUCCCCUUUCAUAACACCUGGAAAGCCAUGGGAAGAGGCUCGGAGUUUCAUCAUGAAUGAGGAUUUUUACAUGUGGCUGGAGGAAUCUGUCUAUAUGGACAUCUACAGCAAACACCAAAAACAAAUCAUAGAGAAAGCAAAAGAGGAGUUACAGGAACUACUUCUAGAGUAUUCGGAGUUGUUUUAUGAGCUAGAGCUCGAUGCCAAGCCCAGCAAGGAGAAAAUGGGUGUCAUUCAAGAUGUGUUGUGUGAAGAGCAAAGAUUUAAAGCACUACAGAAGCUGCAAGCAGAGAGAGAUGCCCUUAUUCUGAAGCACAUUCAUUUUGUAUAUCACCCAACAAAGGAAACAUGUCCUAGCUGCCCUGUGUGUAUAGACUCAAAAAUUGAACACUUGAUUAGUUCCAGGUUUAUCAGACCAUCCGAGCGCAAUCAGAAGAACUUUCUGUCGGACUCCAACAUAGAUAGGAUCAACCUGGUUAUACUCGGCAAAGAUGGCCUAGCACGCGAGUUGGCAAAUGAGAUUCGAGCUCUUUGCACGAACGAUGACAAGUAUGUGAUAGAUGGUAAAAUGUAUGAACUUUCCCUGAGGCCAAUCGAAGGUAACGUCCGACUGCCCGUUAAUUCUUUCCAGACGCCAACGUUUCAGCCUCAUGGUUGUCUCUGCCUUUACAAUUCAAAGGAAUCUCUCUCUUACGUUGUGGAAAGCAUUGAAAAAAGCCGAGAGUCGACCCUUGGCCGAAGGGACAACCACUUGGUUCAUCUUCCUCUGACACUAAUCCUGGUCAACAAGCGUGGAGACACCAGUGGAGAAACACUACAUAGCUUAAUACAGCAAGGGCAGCAGAUCGCUAGCAAGCUACAGUGCGUCUUUCUUGACCCUGCUUCCGCCGGCAUUGGGUACGGGCGUAACAUUAAUGAAAAGCAAAUCAGUCAAGUUUUGAAAGGGUUGCUAGACUCGAAGCGGAACUUGAACCUGGUCAGUUCCACAUCUAGCAUCAAAGAUCUGGCAGACGUGGACCUUCGCAUCGUUAUGUGUCUGAUGUGUGGAGAUCCUUUUAAUGUGGACGACAUCCUCCUGCCUGUCCUCCAGUCCCAGACCUGCAGGCCCUCUCAAUGCGGAAGCAGCAGCUCCGUUCUUCUCGAGCUCCCAAUAGGACCGCACAAAAGGCGCAUCGAACUCUCCAUCCUUUCGUACCAUUCCUCGUUCAGCAUUAGGAAAAGCCGUUUAGUCCAUGGGUACAUUGUAUUUUACUCGGCCAGACGUAAGGCGUCCUUGGCUAUGUUACGUGCCUUUCUUUGCGAAGUGCAGGAUAUUAUCCCCAUCCAGAUCGUGGCGCUCACAGAUGGCUCGAUGGACAUCCUUGACAACGAUUUGAGUAGAGAGCAGUUUACAGAGGGAGAAGAGAUCGCGCAGGAGAUAGAUGGAAAGUUUACGACGAUACCUUGCAGCCAGCCUCAGCACAAGCUUGAGAUCUUUCACUCAUUUUUUAAAGACGUGGUGGAGAAAAAAAACAUAAUCGAAGCCACUCACAUGUACGACAAUGCUGCUGAAGCGUGCAGCACGACAGAAGAAGUGUUCAACUCGCCCCGGGCUGGCUCGCCCCUCUGCAAUUCCAAUCUCCAGGAUUCGGAAGAAGAUAUCGAGCCUCCAUCCUACAGCCCGUUCAGAGAAGACACAUCUAUGCCCACCUUGUCCAAAGAUCAUUCUAAACUUUCCAUGGAGCUGGAGGGGAACGAUGGUCUGUCUUUCAUUUCUGUUAUGAACACUUUUGACAGCAAGCUGAACAACAAAGUACCUCCUCCGGUGAAACCAAAGCCCCCUGUCCACUUCGACAUUACCAAGGGGGAUCUGUCGUAUUUGGAACAAGGGCAUCGAGAUGGACAGAGAAAGUCUGUUUCUUCUAGUACCUGGUUGCCCCCGGAUGGUUUUGAUCCUUCUGAUUAUGCCGAGCCUAUGGAUGCUGUGGUCAAGCCAAGGAACGAGGAGGAGAAUAUAUACUCCGUGCCUCACGACAGCACCCAAGGCAAAAUCAUCACCAUUCGUAACAUUAACAAAGCCCAGUCCAACGGCAGCGGGAAUGGUUCAGACAGUGAAAUGGACACGAGCUCUCUGGAACGUGGGCGAAAAGUGUCCAUCGUUAGUAAGCCCGUGUUGUAUCGGACGAGGUGCACACGGCUUGGGAGGUUUGCCAGCUACAGAACCAGCUUCAGUGUUGGUAGUGAUGACGAACUGGGGCCUAUUAGGAAGAAAGAGGAAGACCAGACGUCCCAAGGAUAUAAGGGGGAUAAUGCUGUUAUUCCGUAUGAGACUGCUGACGGCGAAGACCCGAGGAGGAGGAACAUUCUGCGCAGUUUAAGAAGGCCAGCCAAGAAACCAAAGCCCAAGCCUCGGCCGUCCAUCACAAAGCCCACGUGGGAAAGUCUCUAUUUUGGGGUGCCUUUGACCAGCGUAGUGACUCCAGAAAAACCCAUUCCCAUCUUUAUCGAGAGAUGUAUCGAGUACAUUGAAGCAACAGGGUUGAGCACAGAAGGCAUCUACCGCGUGAGUGGAAACAAGUCGGAGAUGGAGAGUCUGCAGAGGCAGUUUGAUCAAGAUCACAACCUGGACCUGGCCGAGAAGGACUUCACGGUGCACACUGUGGCCGGGGCCAUGAAAAGCUUCUUCUCAGAACUGCCCGACCCCCUGGUACCCUACAACAUGCAGAUUGAGCUGGUGGAAGCCCACAAAAUAAAUGACCGGGAGCAGAAGCUGCACGCGCUCAAAGAGGUGCUGAAGAAGUUCCCCAAGGAGAACCACGAGGUCUUCAAAUACGUCAUCGCGCACCUGAACAAGGUCAGUCACAACAGCCGCGUGAACCUGAUGACGAGCGAUAACCUGUCCAUCUGCUUCUGGCCGACGCUGAUGAGGCCAGAUUUCAGCACCAUGGACGCCCUGACGGCCACCCGCACCUAUCAGACAAUCAUUGAACUCUUCAUCCAGCAGUGCCCCUUCUUUUUCUACAAUCGGCCCAUCCUCGAGCCCCCCAGCGCGACGCCCAGCUCCCCCUCGGCGGUCCCUGCCACCACGCCCUUCCUGACCUCCACGCCCGUGACGACCCACCCGUCCCCCCCACAGACUCCCCCUCCGUCCCCGCAGUCCCCCCUCCAGCCUCUCCUCCCGCCCCAGCUGCCAGCGGAGCAACACAUGCUGUGAGCUGCCGCGCAGCGGGCAACGGUGGCCUGGUCUCUCCUCCCGCCCGGCGCGGAGGUUGGAAACUGAAAACCCCAGGGGCCUGCUCUCCCUCUCUCCCCACACCCCGUGGCAGCGACGGCAGUCUGACCGCGCAGGAGCACGUCGGAGGCACGUCGCAGACUGGCGCUGGGCGGGUUGGCUCGAGAUGGACACCGUGUGCGGGGAGGGAAGGGGGCCCCUUUUGAGCAGCUGACGCCGUCGGAGCAGGAUCAGCUCCGGUCCAAGCCAACCUGCAGACAUUCGCGCGAGCGCCGUCGCGGCCGGGACCCUUUGGACCGCUUGGGAACCACCCUUCAACCUGUGCAUGCCGAGAUCCCGGCGCGGAGCCCGUGGAGAAAAGCCCGCUCACAUUCCACAGGCGAUUAGUCGAGGCUCGUCGCGCCGCGGAGAUACUGUCCGCCCCGCGGGGACCAGGACUCGGAGCGGCACGUCGGCGCCUCGGCUCCCAUCGCCGCCCGCCUGGACCACGGAGCUCGCGACCGAGCGCAGCUUGGGCGUGAGCAAAGCUAGAAUGUAACCGUGGACUUGUGCGCGCACGGGGGCCGGGGGGGCUCCCUCUGGGAACAGAGGGACACUGGAAAUGCCCACGCUCCUGCCACGUUCGCGGAGAGAGGAGACUGGCGGCCCCUUCCGCUCGGGUGCCCUCAGCGGCCGGGCGCGGCAGGCUCCCUGGUUCAGCAUCCCCUCGGCAAAUGGUUAGCGUAGGAUUUUUUUCUCAUCCCUCCCUCCCUCCCUCCCUCCCUCCCUUUGGCAAUUAGCACUUACCGGAAGAGAGGUUUGGAAACACUGUAGCUGUUGACUGUCAGCCGGAAGCUGGAUUUUGAUUCCUUCGGAACACUAUUGUUAUGGAAACACUAUCGUUACGCUCUGUGUGUGUGCGUGUGUGUGCAUGCGUGUGUGUGCAGCAGGGAGGGAAGCGUGUCAUGGAGCGCUCGCAGCUUCAGCUGCCGUGGGGCGGCCGUUCGAGCGGCUGUUGCUGGCUUUGCUUGUGGGGGUGGGAUUCUCGCAGAAGCAAAUGCACUACAGAGGCCCCUCGGGCCUUGGCGCGGAGCUGGGAGCCCGACAGCCGUGGAGCGGGCCCGGCUCCAGCCCCCAGGCGGGUCGGUAGGCCACGUGGGUGAAGGCCGUGGCUGCUUGGGCCACCAGCGGUCGCGCGGAGACCUGCGGAGGGCGGAUGCUGUAGAAUCGGGGCCAGGGCAGCGUGUGCUUAAGAGGAGUGUGCGCACGUGGGGGUUUCUUGCUGCCUGCCUCGGCGUGGCACCUCCCCUGGCAUGGGGCCGCCACGGGCACACGUAGGCUGCACUGCUGCAGCGCGACUCCCAGAGUCAUCCCCGAGCUGCCGGUCGUCCUGCCUGCGGCCCCCGCCCCAGCCAGCCUCCUGCCCUCCUGCCCCUCGCGGUUCGGCUGCCGCGUUGCACAUCUCUUCCAUCGUGUGUGUGUGUGCGUGCGUGUGCAUGUGUGUGUGUGAAGCCCUCCCCUUCCCCAGUAACACAGGGCGGUUUUUAACUGGAGUUUCUAUGGUACCACUGGGAGAGAUCCCCCCCAAGGCCCCUCCUGUGUCUCUUCGCACUUUAAAACGGGAUCCGUGGAUUGUUCCUGUUUUUCUGUUUCCAAGGACGUUUGAGUCACUGCGUGGAUCCAGUUAAGCUAGCUUAGAAAGGGCAGCCGCUCGGAGCCCCCGCCUGCCCUUACGGACCAAGAAACCCGCUUUCAUCCUGCUUCGGCCAGAGUAACUUCUCCCAGCUUCCUCCCGCUCCUCCACCCUCCCGCGUGAAAGCAGCCGCUCUUCCGUAAAUCACUGGCCGGCGAUUUGGGCUUUCGAGUUCUUUCCAAGGGCCGAACCCGCGGGGUUGGGCCGUGACCAGAGCGGGAUGGGGUCCCGGGGUAGCCGCCCCUUGCCCAGUUCAGGCGAUCUGAGCUGCUCUGCUUUUUCCCCCCACCCAGAGCCCCGCGAGGGGAGGGUUUGAGGGUCGCUGGCUCUGCGCAAGAGGUCUGUUUCCGUGCCUUUCUGUCGCUCUGACGCCAGCCUGCCUGCGGGAGCGCCGAUCUGGAAGUCCCCGCAGCCGCCCUCGUCCGCUCCCCAAAGGAAGUCCCAUUCCUGCCACGCUCGGGCCUGCGGCACCCCGUUGUCGUCUGGGUAGUGUGGCCUGGCAGGGUGUGUCCCCCGCAUUGUUGGCCCCUCGUGGACAGCCCGCCCUCCUCCCGUGGCCUCCGGCGGUGGGAAGCCUACGCUUGGCCCCUGCUGCGGAGAGGAAGAGGAGGGAAGACCGGGCUCGGAGGGGCAGCAGGGCACGGGCGCCGCGGCUUCUGGUGGCGUGACGGCCCAGUAAGUGACAGGUCUCGUGUCCCCGCGUGUUUGUGGCCUGUUGCAGCCACGUGCUUCCGGCGUGCGGCGCUUCUCCUUUGCCGGGAGCUGGAGCCGCGGGGCUGGAAGGGACCUCCAGGGUCCCUCCCGGGGCAGGAUCAGCCCGUACCGAUCUGAGCACGGGGUAAAAAGAUACGGUAUUGGUUUGCCCCUGAGCCGAGGGGCAAGCCCCCUGGCCAUGCCCAUGACACCCGUGGCGGGGCCAGGGGUGAAGAGGCUCAAAUACCCCUCUGGCCGCCAGGCAGCGCGGCCCGCGCCUCGGCACGUCCUCUCGGAAGCUUUCGGGACCUCGUUCCCGGCCUCCCGCUUUCUCCCCGCUCCGUUUUGCCUUCUCCUCGGCGCUCGGCGGCCGCGCUCCUCGCUCAUCUCCGUUGUCAGUUUUUAAAGCAAACGUGACCCCUCUUUAUCAGUAGCCGGCGCCGAGGCGUCCUUCACGUGCUCCAGGCAAAGCCCAACCCAAAUCGCAAGAGGAUCGGGGACGAGACGCCUACCGGACACACGGAGCGUUCCCGUGUCACGCAGCCAAUCUAUGUUAUGUUAUUUUAUUUUAUGUUAUUUUAUUUUAUUUUAUUUCCCCCCCUCUCUCCGGGCUGCCUUUGGCUCCUCUGCUUGGCAAUUAACAUUUCCGCAGUGAUUGUACCUGUGACAUUUUAGUUCCCGAACGGUAAUCAGAGCGGGGGAACGAUAUUUUUAACCACUUCCAUUUUAAUUGCUGCGCUGAUCACUUGCCGUAAUUCCAGGGACUCAGCCGCGGGGGUCCCGAGUCAGAGGUGAUUUGAUCUCUCUUUCUUUUGUUCAGACGCUCGUGGUUUUACUUUGUCUGCCCCGGACCAUCUUCUCAUUCAAGUACGUGCCGAUCUGUCUGUCUCUAACCCGCAGCCCCAUGGACUUCCCGCCACCGGGCUUUUUUCCCAACCUGUGUAAUGGAGCCUAGUUUUUACUUGUUAGGUUUAACCCCCCCUCCCUUUUUUUUGUAAAACCCGGAAAUACAAUAGAAAUAUUGUAUUUCCCUGUAGUUUUAAGGCAGGACAAUAAUAAGUUAUUGUUUAAAUAAAAGGAAAAAAGUUCAUUUUUUUUCCCUGUGUACAUUAAAAAACCCCAACAAAUCUCUCCAAGCGUAUGGGAAUUGAAAAACAAAAAAGACUUGUCCUGAAAAGUUGGAUUAGUGCCGCACCCAACUUAUUUUUCUGGUACUUGUAUUUUCACAUGUAAAAUGAUCUCUCUCUAUGUUGAAUUAACAAAUAUUUUGAGUUCAAGGAAAGAAAAAAACAAAAAAAAAAAAAGAAGAAGCAUAUUCAUGGUAUUAAAAUGUGUUAGUAGUUCCAGCUGAGUAUGUGCCCGAAACCCAAGGUUUUCGCCGAAAAGAAAACAGAAAAAGUGAAGACCUGUAUGUAAAGCAAAGAGCAUAACGGUUCUUUCUUUGUAUUUCUAGAGGUCUAACAACAUCCUUUAGUUUUUGGUGAUAGACUCUUUAUUUUGACGCUUCUUUUAAGGACUUUUUUUUAACAAUUUGUGGUAAUUUCCAGGGCCAGAUCCCAGUUAAUGCAUGAUGAUGUUGAAAGCUCUGGGCCAGAAAAAGCCCCUCUACCCCAUCCCACCCCCCUUUUUAUUUCUGCUGAGUUUUAAAAGAAAAAAAAUCAUGUAUUUGCUGCAGAGUAUUGUAAUUGUCUCAAUGGGAAUGGUGUACAAACUUCAAGGCCUUACGUGAUAUGUAUCAUAGUUAAUAAAUCAAUCUUGUAAAAAAAAAA